AUGACCGAGUAUCCUUUCGACACUGUGCGUGCCAUUGAUAACAUGCUGCUGACGGGCCAACGUGCGCAAUAUCCGGAUAUCAAGAUGAUCUUCGCCCACGGUAGUGGCGCAAUCCCGUAUCUGGCCGCCCCUAUUGCCGGCAUGGCCUCCCUUCUCUGGUUGGGUGGACUGUCAGUCCCUGAAUCCCUUGCGCAACUCGCCGGAUAUUAUUUCGACACCGCUGCCUCGACUUCUGCUAUUCAGCUAAUAACUCUGAAGAGCUUUGUUGGCGCGGAUCAAAUCACUGACCAUAAGUGGGCAGUGCCAGUAACGUCCCCGAAAUUGUGCAGCUGCAGUAUACUAACGCAUGCAGAUCCUUAUGUCCCUGUCUCCCAGGCAUCGUCGGGAUUAUCCGCGAUCGAGGAUAAUGGUACGUUUACCACAGUGGUGAUGGGACAGAUCAAUAAUCUGAAUGCCUUGAAAAUCUUUCCGCGGAUUAUCAAUGCUUUGAAGCUAGACUGA